AUAAAAAAGAAAAAUGAAAAAAAGAAAGAAACUUCUCUUUAUCUUUCUGCCUUAUAUUUUCACUUCUUUCCACUUCUUCUUCCCUUCCCCUCUCUCCCCCUCUACAUCCUCUUCUUCUCUAUGUCUAUGUCUCUCUUUCAGAGAGGAGAUCAGAAUUAGUGACCAUGAAAAACACCAUUAGAUGCUGCAUAUCUUGCAUUCUUCCAUGUGGGGCCCUCGAUGUAAUUCGAAUAGUACAUACUAAUGGCUAUGUCGAAGAAAUCAGUGGCACUAUAAAGGCAGAAGAAAUCAUGAAAUUACAUCCAAAGCAUGUCUUGAAGAAGCCCUCAUCGCCGUCCGAUGAAGGAAUGUGUCCAAAGAUUGUUGUGGUUCCUCCUGAUGCAAUACUAAAACGUGGAAAGAUUUAUUUUCUCAUGCCUUUGCCUUCUCGAUCCCAUAAGACUCCAUCGAGAUCAUCUACAAGGAGAAAAAAGAAAGAAUCCGAAAAGGAAGAUAUUGCGAAAAACAGUGAUCUUUCUAUGAAAAACCUACUGGUUUCUGAUCAGUACUUAAGUGAGAUUUUAUCUGAAAAGCUUUCAACUCAGAGAGAUCGACGGAGAGGGCGUGUUGGCGUGUGGAGACCUAACUUAGAGAGAAUUUCAGAGACACCAGACGAAGCUUAAUGCCGAAUCGAUAGGAGCCUCGAAAAAGAAUUAUGAGAAAUGGUGACAAUGACUUCACUCUAUUCUGCAAGAAAACAUUAACAGAUAGAGUUGAAUCUUGAAUGUGGAUCACAAACAGUUUUUGGAGAGAGAGAGAGAGAGUAUUUUUUAUUGUGUUCAAUUGGGAUCAAAGGAAUUGUGUUAGAUAAGAAAUUGGUAUUGAAAAAGAUCCCACUUCUACUGUUCAUCAACAGUAUAUCUGUAUGUUAGUGUUUAAUUCUUGGACUUUAA